AUGUCGCUCAAUGGCCUGGACGACCCAAAGGUCAAGGAGGCCCAUGAAGCUGCCGUUGCCGAACCAGGAGGAUGGUUUCUCCUCAAGUAUGCGAGUCGCGAUGAUGUCGAACUGCUAGGUCGCGGAACCGGUGGCAUCGUCGAGAUACGGAACAACAUCGCCCAGUUCGAGAACGAGAACGACGAUAACGCGCCCUUGUUUGGCUUCCUAAAAUACCGUCGCCGGAAUGUAAUCAUCAAAUAUCUCCCCGACGAUUGCUCUCGACUGGUUCAAGCUCGUGUAACUGUCCAUUUCAACGCCGUGUGCGAGCGAUUCGCCCCCUACAACACCGACUUUUCCAUAGCCACUGCCAAGGAUCUCAAGGAUACCAAGUUGUCGGCUGCUUGCUCUCUACACGCUGCCUCUGGCUCCACCUCGUCCUCGACAAGCUCCUUGCGAAGGAGGCGGCUGAUGGAAAUCGCCGAAGAAGAAGAGGAGGAACAGAGAGCGAGCAAGCGGAAGUCUGUCGGCCCGGACAGCUUGGUUGAGACUUCGGGCGAAGACCCGGCCGACGCGCCGAAAUCGCCCAUCGGAGGGCCGCCCGUGACGUUGAAUGCUGACCUUGCAAACUCGCCCGAGGAGAGCAAGUUUUCUGCGUCUCUGGAGCCUCCCGAGUUCGUCGGUGCCAGACCGUCGUCGCCCACAAAGUCCGUUGACGAGGGACGGCGCAUGUCAUCGCAGUCCCUGCGACCCGAGCUAUAUUCCUCGUCGUCUUAUACAUACGGCAAGCCUAGAGUCAAACUCGCCCCACGACCCUCUCUCGACGUUUCUGGCCGUGCUCGCGCAGGAACCGCUGCGGUGGGGGCUGCUUUCCGACCAAUUUCACAGAUGCCGUCUGGCUUCAAGCUAUUUUCCAAGGGCCCCAAAAAGGGCAAGUCCAAGGAAAAUACUCUGGAUCCUUCCGAACCAGCCCACCCGGACGAAACAACCGAAAUCUCCUUGGCCGCCACUUUAACACCCCUACCCGACGGGGAUCCCAUUUCCCACAUUGAUGAACUCGUUAGGCCACACACGAGCUCCGGGCGACCCACAACGAGCUCAGGCGCUUCAAUUAAAUCCGCCAUGCCCUCCUUCACCACCGCCCCCUCUACGAAGCAGGUCAUGACGCCCGAAAAGGCGCGUCUGAUGAAGGCGAUGCAACUAAGGGAGAAAAAGAAGAAGAUGAUGAACCAGCAGUCCGCCACUACCCCAGCCGUCGACGCCCCUGCCGAGCAGCUCAUGUCGGAAAAGGCCCAGCCCGCCCAACACGUCGAGGAGAUUGCCGAGCACACCCUUGUUGCCGAAGCGGAUGACGGAGAGGAGGAGGAGGAGGAGGAGGACGACGACGACGACAACGAAGACGACGAUAGACGACUCUCGGUAUCAAAAGCCGACUCUGGCAUCGUUGUCGACGCAUCCUCCGUUUCAGUCCACACCGACGUCGCCUCUGAGUUUACUCAGAGCGACUCCCAUCCCGCCUCGCCCAUCAUGGCAUCUUCCGAGCCUGACCAUUCGACCAAGGCGUCGUCGCUAUCCGAGUCUACUGACGAAACGGUGAAGGAGUCCAACGAGGACAACACCGAUGCCGAGGUUGAUACACACGGGACACAUGACGCGGUCGAGUCAGCGACGGAGUCUGGGAUCGCCCCUGCCCAAGCCGCAGAGCCAGCUUCCCCCGUUGAGGCCGUUGCCCCUACGUCAGCAGAGCCUGAGGCCGUCGAUGGCGAACCACAAGAGGAGGGCGAGUCACUGGCUGAGGGUUUGGCCCCCGCCGCAGUCGACGAUGUCCCCGUUGUCCAAUUCGAUGCUACUCCCGAGGCAGUCACCGCCCCCGAAAUGAGCGAGACACAGGACACAUCCACUGUCGAGAAAGAGGCAACCCUCGAGGUCGCCGAGCCUGUGGAGCAACAACAGAAUGAGACUGAGAAGGUAGCAGUCAUGGAUGAGCAACAAAAACCGCCUAUAAGCUUACCAAUCUCCAAGUUUUCCACGAGCCCGACACAAGCGAAGCCGUCCAUCGAAUCGAAAGAAACACAAGAUCGGACGUCGAAGCAGGAUAUCAAAGCGGAGACCACCGUGUCCACAACUUCGGAGGCAUCCCCAAGGUCGCCUCUGUCACCGUUGUCGCCGUGUUCCCCUAGCCUAAGAGUCCCCCGGUCCAAGUUCUCGACCCAGGAUCUCAGAGCAGCUGCAAACGUUGAGGUGCCCACGAUCGUCUCUCCCCCAGAGGAUGUACCCCGCGAGCCAGUGGCCGUUGCGGUCGAUGAGCCCCGCGAUGCUGAUGCCCAUUCGGUGGAUACGGAGCCUUCGAAGCGAAAGGCGCUUGUCGAACCCAUUCGCACCGACCUGGACCCCCCGAAAAAGGCGGCAGAUGGCAAUAUCUCUGAUGACGAGGACUUGAUGGACGAGCUUCACUCGGCUACCGUCCAGCAAGCGCAGCAUAUUACGGUUUCUAAAUCGCCCAUAACGCCAGUCUUCCCCAGCCCCACGCAAAGCGCCAGCAGGCCGACUUCGCGCGGCGCUGUCCGCACCAUCUCGAAUCCUGUUCGUGGGAACCUCCUUACUCCUGCCGACGUGGCUCAGGCCCAGAACCAGAGAUCAGUCUCGUCCGGUGCCGCCUUCUUGCACAGAAUCACACAGCAACAAGGCAAUCAACACCUGGCUCCCAAACAGCCUGGCAAGAUCGGAUCUAGUAUUUCUCAGCGUAUCAAGGCUUUGGAGAAGCUGUCUGCACACGCACCCGGAACCGUCGACGCGGACACGAGCAGCUUGAAGGCCCCGAGACCGUCCUCGGCAUUCUUCGCUGUCAAGAGGGGAGCUAGCGUGAGGGAGCCUCCUCGCUCCCCUUCCGUCGUUGACAGAGCAAGUUCACUCACUCGGGGCGGCAGCCCCGUGCCCUCAGUCAUGACGGAGUCCCAGGAAUCUUCUCCAGAGGCGGCCAGAGCGAACCGCGGCAGAUCAGGGUCCAUGGCGAACAGGCUGUCGAUGUUCGAGGUGCCUGGCAGCAACCCGCCCAGAGGGCAGCCCGAGUCCAUCUCCGUCACAGCGCGGAUCGUCCGCGAUCCUAGCCAGUCUGGCAGGGCACCCGAGCCGCCGAAGAACCCCUCCGAGUUUGAACGGCUUGACCUCAAGGUGUCACCGUUGGUUGUCGAUCACCAGAAGGCCGAGCCUCUGCUGCCACCAGCCAACCUGACAACAGUGAAGCCCUCCAAGGAGACGAUUCAAGAGAGGAGGCUGUCCAAAGAGAAGCGUCGCUCGCAGUCAGUGGACCCCAUACCAGAUGGAGAUGAAGCGCCUCGCCGCUCAUCCCUCAGCAUCAUGAAGGACUUCAUCAAGGACAGGCGCAAGUCCCUCACUUCCCCCUCUGCGGAGGCUCUGACGGCCCCUUUGCCCAUGUCGCCCGGCUCGUCCAAGUCGCCCUCGAGACCCCCCUCGACACACCAUAACUCCUCGGGUCUCGGCCGUCGGCUGUCCAUCAGCAGCCGUCGGUCGUCGUUCAGCAAGGACAACGAUGCGAGCGGUGCCAUGUCCCCAUCGUUGUUCACCGAGGGCAGCGGGUCUGGAGACGACAGCAAGUCUACGACCAGUGACAAGAAGAAGGGCCGGGCAGGCCGCUUCAUGCGCCGCCUCUCCUCGUCUCUCAGCAGCGGGGCCCGUAGCAAGACCAUGACCCCUACCGCCAUCUCCCCGACGGUCCAGGAAGAGGAUGCCACGGAAGUCGCUCGUCUUCAGCAGCCCACCAUUGAGGCGUUUAUGGGAGAUGUCAACGUCCAGUUUCCAGACAACCUCCUGUGGAAGCGCCGCAGUAUGUGCAUGGACUCUCAGGGGUUCCUGAUUCUCAGCACAGUCGCCGCGUCGACCACUACCAAGGACAAACAGCCAACCGGCGCCGGAGUCAAGCGAUACCAUCUCUCCGACUUCCGUAUGCCAUACAUUCCCGACAUGGAGAUCCAAGAGCUGCCCAACAGCAUCUGCCUUGACUUUGUCGAGGGCUCGGGCUUGCAGGUUGCGUGCGAAGAUCGCGCCGGACAGAUGAAUGUAUUGCACAUCCUUCAAGACGCACAUCAGAGCCACAACUCUUUCGGCCAGUAA